GUUUUUGCCUUGCAAAAGCCCCAACUUCCUUCACCAAACAAACCCAAUUCCCAAUUUCUCCUCAAAUUCGGAAACUAGGGUUUUUAAGCUUUCGAUCUUCAGUCUCUUUUUUUUAUUUCCUUAAUUUUUUCGUCGAUGGAAAGGAUCAGAAGGGCAUCGCAUGCUGGAUCCUGGUACUCCAACAACGCUAAGCAGCUGGAAGAAGAACUUGAGGGGUGGCUUGGAUCAUGUGGUCUGACCAAAUCUCCUGACGUCAGAGGUGUUAUUGCUCCGCAUGCUGGCUAUUCAUACUCAGGCCGUGCAGCAGCAUAUGCAUUUGGGAACAUUGACCCGACGAAUAUUUCCCGGGUGUUUCUUCUCGGUCCGUCUCAUCACUAUUACACUCCAAAAUGUGCUCUUACCAGGACCUCUAUUUAUAGUACACCUCUGGGGGAUUUGCCAAUUGAUACGGAAGUCAAUGAGGAGCUUUACUCGACAGGUAAGUUUGAACUCAUGGAUCUUCACGUUGAUGAAGCCGAACAUAGCAUGGAAAUGCACUUGCCGUACCUUGCCAAAGUGUUUCAUGGUUAUCCAGUAAAAAUUGUACCUAUUUUGGUUGGUGCUCUUAGUGCAGAAAGUGAGGCCAUGUAUGGAAAGUUGCUGGCGAAGUAUGUGGACGACCCUAAGAACUUCUUCUCUGUAUCAUCAGACUUCUGCCACUGGGGAGCUAGGUUCAACUAUACACACUAUGACAAGAAGCAAGGUGCCAUUUACAAGUCCAUUGAGGCCCUCGAUCGCAUGGGUAUGGACAUCAUAGAGACUGGAGAUCCCGAUGCAUUUAAACGAUAUCUUCGUGAAUUUGACAACACCAUAUGUGGACGACAUCCCAUCGGCGUGUUCCUCCAUAUGUUAAAGAACUGCUCGACAAAAGUAAAGAUCGGUUUCCUGAGAUACGAGCAGUCCAGCCAGUGCAAAAGCAUGAGGGACAGCAGCGUGAGCUAUGCAUCUGCUGCCGCCAAGGUUGCUUCUUGAAAAUAAGUUAAAAUGUGUACCCUAAGUUGGCUAUGAAAUGAGCUACAAUUGAAACUUCAAGAGCACAUUUGUUAUGAAGCCGACAUCUGUUCUAUAUAUAACAUGCAUCAGUUGCUCCUUCUGCGGACUUUUGCUUGUCCAAUUAUAUAUUUAAAGAAAUUUUAGCUUUGUUUCU